AUGUCGCUGUCUGGAAAAGUUGUCCUCAUUACUGGCUCCUCCAAGGGGAUCGGCAAAGCCGCUGCUCUUCGCGUCGCCAGUGAAGGUGCCAACGUCGUGAUCAAUUACCUUCGCGACCCAGCUGCAGCCAACAAUCUCGUUGAGCAAAUUGGCACCGACCGCGCCCUAGCUGUUCAAGCCGAUGCCUCAAAGAUGGCCGACCUCGAUUGCCUUGUCGAUGCUGCGGUCGCAAAAUUCGGCAAGAUCGAUGUUCUGAUUCCAAACGCCGGAAUCCUCCCACUUAGAGACUUGGAAAGUACCACCGAAGAAGACUUUGACAGAACCUACAACUUGAUGGUGAAGGGACCGUUCUUCCUGGCUCAGAAAGCUGUGAAGCAUAUGCCCUCCGGCGGACGAAUCAUCUUUGUCUCCACCUCAACUGCUCGGUUCUCGAGCGUCGCCCCCGCAUACCUACUUUACACCUCUUCCAAGGGCGCAAUCGAGCAGAUGACUCGUAUAAUGGCCAAGGAUUUGGCACGCAAGGGCAUCUUGGUAAAUGCAGUUGCACCCGGGCCAACGUCAACCGAACUCUUUCUUGAGGGGAAGCCAGAGCAGAUGCUUAAGGCUAUCGCUGGAUUUAGUCCAUUCAAUCGGAUUGGUGAGCCUGAGGAAAUUGCUGCAGUUAUGGCCUUCUUGUCGGGGAAGGACAGUAGUUGGAUCUCAGGCCAGAUUGUGGCUGUGAAUGGAGCUAUGGCAUGA